AAAAGGUUAUUCCCUGACGUCUGCUUCUUCAAUCGUGAUUCGUCCGCUUUGCCAAUCUAUUGUGUGUCCCGUUAAAUUUUCGUCAAAUCGAACGCUCAAAUCUCUAUAGUACAACUAGGUGAAAUUAAUAAAGAAUUUAAUUAUAAACAAUAAAAAUUAUUCAUUGAUCGGCUAGAUAUUAAGAUAACGAGCUGAAAUAAUAGUGCCGUUUGGAAAAUUAAAGAAAUCAGAAAAUUGAUCCGAAGACAAUGUCUGCAUCGAAUAUAUCAACCAAGAAAAGUUACAAGCCGCCAAAACCCGGUGAUGAAAUCGUCAUUUCCGGUAUUGCUGGUAGAUUUCCAGAAUCGAGGAAUGUAGAAACACUCAAGAAAAAUCUACUUAAUAAGACAGACCUGAUCACAGAUGAUGAUCGUCGAUGGAAAUUGGAUCAUCCAGAUAUUCCACAGCGAACGGGGAAGGUCCAUGACGUUGGAAAAUUUGACGCGUUAUUUUUCGGCGUACAUUUCAAACAGGCUCACACGAUGGACCCAAUGUGCCGUAUGUUGCUAGAGCACGCUUACGAGGCGCUCAUUGAUGCGGGGGUAAAUCCGAAACAGGUGCGCGGAACGCGAACGGGAGUCUUUAUGGGCGCGUGCUUCUCAGAGUCUGAGAAGACUUGGUUCUACGAAAAAUUACAGGUAAACGGUUUUGGAAUUACCGGGUGCAGCAGAGCCAUGAUGGCGAAUAGGAUUUCCUACUGGUUAGGAGUGACUGGACCAUCUUAUACUUUGGAUUCUGCCUGCAGCUCGAGUUUGUACGCUGUGGAACAUGCAUAUCGGUGUAUUCAGGAUGGACAAUGCGACGCCGCCAUCGUGGGUGGAGCAAAUCUAUGUCUUCACCCUUAUGUAUCAUUGCAAUUCUCUCGUCUUGGAGUUUUGUCACCUGACGGCCGCAGCAAGGUCUUCGAUAUCGAUGCGGACGGCUAUGCUCGCAGCGAAGCAAUCGUCGUUUUGUAUCUGCAGAAGGCGAAGGAAGCGAAACGCGUUUACGCCACGGUUGUCUACGGCAAGACGAAUUGCGACGGUUUCAAGGAGCAGGGUAUCACAUUUCCAUCGAGCCUAAUGCAGAGCGAAUUGUUGCGAGAGUGCUAUGAGGAUUGCGGUGUACCGCCGAAUAUCCUGUCAUAUCUAGAAUGCCACGGCACUGGCACCAAAGUCGGCGAUCCCGAGGAGGUCAACGCUAUCGACAAGAUCUGCACCAAAGGUCGAAGCAGCCCUCUUUUGAUCGGUUCUGUCAAAUCGAAUUUAGGCCACAGUGAGCCCGCUAGUGGUGUUUGUCAAAUUGCCAAGGUGAUAAUAGCAAUGGAAACUGGCAUAAUCCCUCCAAACCUGCAUUACAAGCGGCCACGAGAAGGUGUGAAAGCUCUUGAGGAAGGCAGGCUCAAAGUCAUCUCUGAGCCAACACCUUGGGAGGGUGGUUAUGUGGGCAUUAAUUCCUUUGGAUUUGGCGGUGCCAAUUGUCACAUCUUAUUAAAAUCUAAUACGAAGGAGAAGAUUAAUAACGGACUCCCUGCGGAUGAUUUAUCGAGACUCGUAGUGGUGUCUGGACGUACCGAGGAAGCUGUUAAAGUAUUCUUGGAUGAUAUCGAGAGCAACCCUCUAGACUGUGAAUACAUUCGUCUGCUGCAUGAUAUUCAUUCUGAGGAUAUCCAAGGACAUCUAUAUCGAGGAUACACGAUAGUUGGCUCGAAAACGACGGACAAGCCCCCAAGAGAAUUCGAAAAUUAUUUAGGCACAGCUAGACCGAUCUGGUUCGUGUUCUCUGGAAUGGGAUCGCAAUGGCCCGGCAUGGGUAUAGAAUUGUUGAAAUUCCCUGUCAUUGCCAAGGCCGUGCAGAAGUGUGACGACGUAUUGCAGCCGCGCGGUAUAGAUAUUUAUGAUAUUUUGACCAAUAAAGACAAAUCUACUUUUAACAAUAUCUUGAAUUCAUUUGUGGGUAUCGCCGCAAUGCAGAUUGGCUUGGUCGAUCUUCUCACAUCGGUGGGCAUUGUACCGGACAAUAUAAUCGGUCAUUCAGUCGGUGAACUCGGUUGCGCUUACGCAGAUGGUUGUUUAACUGCGGAGCAGAUGAUCCUAUCGGCAUACUCAAGAGGUUUAGCAUCCAUCGAAACGAAAGUAAUUUACGGCUCGAUGGCGGCAGUCGGUAUGGGCUAUGAAGAUAUCAAACAUAUGUGUCCACCGGACAUCGAAGUGGCUUGCCACAAUGCCUCAGACAGCAGCACCAUCAGUGGACCUGCUGAAUCCAUGAAGGAAUUCGUUGCCCAAUUGCAGGCUAAAAAGAUCUUCGCGAAGGAAGUGCUAUGCAGCAAUAUACCAUAUCAUAGUCGUUACAUAGCGCCCGCCGGGCCGAAACUACUCGCUUACAUGAACGAAGUGAUCCCGCAACCGAAACCACGUAGCCGCAAGUGGGUGAGCACAUCUGUACCUCGCAGCAAAUGGUCCACCGCAUCUGCCAAACUGUCGUCCGCCGAAUAUCAUACCAACAAUCUUCUGAGCCCAGUGCUAUUCGAGGAAACGGCGCGUAUGAUUCCGAAGGAUGCUGUGUGUAUUGAGAUUGCGCCUCAUGGUCUUCUGCAGGCUAUUUUGAGGCGAUCCCUCGGCUCGAAUGUCACGAACAUUGCACUUGCGCAGCGUGGCCACAAGGACAACUCCGAAGUGUUCCUGCAAGCAAUCGGGAAGCUUUACAACAUUGGACUACAGCCGAAUAUUGCGAGUCUCUAUCCACCUGUGGAGUUCCCAGUUAGUCGCGGCACUCCGACGAUCUCUUCUUCCGUUAGGUGGCAACAUUCAGACGAUUGGUACGUAACGACGUACAAGUCACAAAAGAAAAUCACUUCCGGAGAAAGAAUCAUUGAAUUUUCACUGAAGGAUGAAGAUAACGAUUACGUGGUCGGUCAUAUAAUCGAUGGGAAGGUCUUAAUGCCUGCUAUGAGUUAUCUUAUUUUAGUUUGGGAGACCAUGGGUAUGCUACAUGGGAAGAUGUAUACGGAGAUACCGGUCGUCUUUGAAGACGUCAAUUUUCUUCGUGUAACUCCUAUUCCGCCGGACGACAAGGUCGAACUAACGGUGAUGAUUCAGAAAGGUAGUGGAAAAUUCGAAGUGUCGGAAAGCAGUACUGCUAUUGUGAACGGACUGAUACGGGUCGUAUCGAAUCCCGCGCAGGAAAAAGUAUUAGCCAAAUUCCUACCAGAUGACGAUGAGGAGGAAGUGAUGAUCACUAAGGAUAUCUACAAGGAGCUACGAUUACGCGGCUAUCAUUAUACGGGUGCCUUCCGUGCCUUAAAAAGCGUAUCCAUUUCCGGCAAGAAAGGACAUAUUGGUUGGAUUGGUAAUUGGGCGACGUUUAUGGACAAUAUGCUGCAGAUGAUGAUUCUGGGAUUAGAUACGAGAAAUUUGUAUGUGCCCACGAAAAUACAGAAGCUCUUGAUCGAUACUAAAUUUCACCAACAGGAGAUUCGAAAGAUGGAUUCAGAGGAUAGACAAUUCCCCGUGCAUGUAUACAAAGAUCUGAACAUUAUAACAUCGGGCGGCGUCGAAAUUCACGGUACUAAAGCUACAGCUAUAUCUCGCCGACCAGCGAUUAGCGAUCCUGUCAUCGAGGAAUAUAAGUUUGUGGCUCACCAGGACGGGGCGCGAAUCUCUCUACAAGAGGCUGUCAGACUAUCAACGCACAUUGCACUUGAGUAUCAUCAAAGCAUCCACGUGAAGACUAUCGAACUCAUCGACCAAUCUGAUAAUGUGACGACCGGAAAGCUGGUAUCGCCUAUAUUAGCCACGGUUCUUGGUGAUUUACCUUUGAUCCAAAUGGACGUACUUCUGUCAAUGCCGUCUGAUCGAUUGGGCACGCUACCAUUGAACGUAAACGCUAUUGAUGCGAAACAACUGGCCAAGGAAGAGAACGCUCUGCUUAUUGUCGGUAUUGGGCUUCUAACGCGAAGUAAGAACGAUCAACUGCAACAGAUUUUGUCAACGCUCAAGAACGGUGGUUUCGUGCUAACGCGUGAGAAAUCACUCAAACCUGACAAUCUCGCAGCGUCAUUGAAACUCAACCUCGACGUGGUUUUACAGAAGACUACCGACAAGGAGAGUAUUAUACUGCUGAAAAAGAAGGAACGGCUGAUCAGAAAGACUGAGAUCGUCCGUGUUAAUAACAAUGACUUCAGCUGGCUCGGCAAGCUAAAUUCGAUUAUAAAUGUGGAGAACGAGACCACUGAUGACAUGAGGGUGAUACUUGUCGGCGAAGAUGAUCUCGAGAGUGGUUUAUUGGGCUUUUUGAAUUGCUUGAGGAAAGAACGCGGCGGGAAAAUGAUCCGAGGCGUGUUGAUCCAGGAUAAACAGGCACCCGAGUUCUCUCUGCAGAAUCCUCUAUAUGCGGAACAGCUGCAGCUUGAAUUGCCUAUCAAUGUGUUGAAACCCGGUAAAAUCUGGGGAUCUUACAGACAUCUGCCGAUAUCGUCAAAUUUGAAACCAAAACUCGUUCAUCACGCAUUUGUUCAUCAAAAGAUACGAGGCGAUUUGAGCACAUUACGUUGGAUCGAAGGCCCCAUACGCCCCAACGUUACUCCGAAGGAUUUGAUCUAUGUCGCGUAUUCAUCUAUCAACUUCAGAGACGUUAUGUUGGCCAUGGGAAAACUCAGCUUGGACUCGUCUAUGGGGCAUAAUCGAUUUGAAGAAUGUUUGAUUGGUGUGGAUUAUGCCGGCGUCGAUGCCGUUGGUCGUCGCGUAAUGGGAAUUCGUGAUAGCAGAACAAUGUCGAACAUCGUCUCGAUAGAACCUGAUAGAAGUUUAUGCUGGAGCGUACCUGACAACUGGUCGCUGGAAGACGCAGCUACCAUACCCUGCGUCUACGCCACAUGUUACUACGCACUGUAUCUCUGCGGCAAUAUGAACAAAGGGGACAAGGUGCUCAUACACUCUGGGACAGGUGGCGUCGGUCAGGCGGCGAUCAAUCUUGCUCUCCACGAAGGUUGCGAAAUCUUCACUACCGUGGGAACGCCCGAGAAGCGAGAGUUUAUUCGCAAGACAUUCCCGAUGAUUCCCGACGAUCAUAUUGGCAAUUCGCGCGAUAGCAGUUUUGAGCAAAUGGUGCUGCAACGUACGAAGGGUACUGGCGUGGACAUCGUCCUGAAUUCGUUGUCUGACGAGAAGCUCCAGGCGUCGGUGCGCUGCCUAGCGCAGAACGGCCGCUUCCUGGAGAUCGGCAAAUUCGAUCUUAUCGCGAACAAUGCUCUGGGAAUGAUGGUUUUCCUGAAGGAAGUCAGUUUCCACGGCAUCAGGCUGGAGAAUAUGUUCGAAGCUAGCGUGGAAGAAAAGAUACGGCUGAACAACCUGUUGACCGAAGGUCUCGAGAACGGGGCUGUUAAGCCAUUAUUCAGGAAAGUCUUUGAACAGAAAGAAGUGGAGACAGCUUUCAGAUAUAUGUCAACCGGAAAGCACAUAGGCAAGAUAAUCUUGAAAGUUUGCGAUGAAGAAAAAGCUGGUAAAGUGCCUGUUCUCGCCGAACCACAAUAUUAUUGCGACAGUGAAAAGAGCUAUAUUAUUUUGGGCGGACUGGGCGGCUUCGGUUUGGAAUUGGCCGACUGGCUGGUUCUUCGAGGCGCUAAAAAUCUGAUAUUAACAUCAAGGACGGGAGUGAGGACCGGUUACCAACGCAUGAGGAUCGACCUGUGGAAGUCGUACGGCGUGAACGUGCUAAUUAUCACAGGUGCCGACGCUGCGAAUCGUAAAGACUGCGAGUUCAUCCUGAAGUCCGCGGCGAAGCAAGGUCCGGUGGACGCCAUCUUCAAUCUCGCCGUGGUGCUGAAGGAUGCUCUUUACGAGAAUCAGACGGUAGAGUCGUUCGAGGAAUCUUUCAAGCCGAAGGCCUGGUCUACGAAAACGUUGGACGAAUUGUCCAGGAAGCUAUGUCCGCGACUGCAGCAUUUCGUAGUCUUCUCUUCAGUCUCCUGCGGCAGAGGAAACGUCGGACAGACGAAUUACGGUAUGGCCAAUUCUGUGAUGGAAAGGAUCUGCGAGAAACGGGUAGCGGAUGGCCUACCGGGAUUGGCCAUUCAGUGGGGCGCAGUUGGCGACGUUGGUCUCUUCGCCGAACGCCAGGAGAGCAAUAAAGAACUCAUCAUUUCUGGCACUCUUCAGCAAAAUAUAUCUUUGUGCCUGGAGAAAUUGGAGCUGUUCCUAUUGCAGGGUCGGCCUGUGGUGGCAAGCAUGGUAGUAGCCGAAAAGCGUAGGGGUGUCUACGGUGCCGCCAAUGUCGUAGAAACUGUUCUGAAUAUAAUGGGUCUGAAUGAUCCGAAUACCGUCGCUCAACACAUGUCGUUGGUCGAGCUGGGGAUGGACUCGAUGAUGGCUGUAGAAAUCAAGCAAACGUUGGAGCGUGAGUUCAAUAUAUUCUUCACCACGCAGGACAUUCGUACUCUGACCUUCUCGAAACUAACGGAGAUGGAUAAGAGCACGGAAGAGGAAAAAUUAAAAGAAAAGAGUAAUGAGAAAACGACCGAGUUACCGGGCAUGCAAUUGCUGAUCCAAGUAAUAGGUGACAAGGACAUAAUCAGUGAUGUCUGCUUGGAACUACCAACCAAAAAAGAUCGCCGCAAGGUCGACGUAUUCCUUCUGGCGGGAAUUGAAGGUUGCGGACACGUUUUCAAUCCGUUGGUAUCGAAAAUCAGACCCACGGCAAAGUGCCUGCAAUAUGGAACGUAUAAUAUCGGGCUCAGUCAUACAUCUAUACCGGAUUACGCCGAUCAUCUAUUACCGUAUGUUUUACCAAAAGCGGAACAGCAAAGGUUCUUUGUUCUGGUGGGAUAUUCGUACGGCUCGUUAGUCGCUAUUGAAUUGGCAAGACGACUGGAGAGUCACGGCUUGAACGGUCGCUUAGUGUUGAUCGACGGCGCGCCGGAUCUAAUGAGAACGAUGAUAGAGAAUUUUAUACCUUUCUCCACGGCAGAAGAAUUUCAGAAUAAUGUCCUACUUAGCAUCAUGGACAUUUUACAACCAACUACGAGUGGGAAGUUGCUUUUAAAUUUAAAUAAAUGCAUGAGCUGGGAGCAGAAAUUGGAGAAUUUCACCUCGUACUUCUCCAAUACCGACAUAUCAGUUUCCAUGAAGAAUCUGAAAGCAUUGUGCACGACCAUUUACAAACGCCUCCUUGCUUUGCAAAAGUAUGACGUGUCGUCCAUGCCACCGUUACGAACACCCAUAAUACUUUUGAAGCCUACGCUACAAUCUAUCCAAAUGUCUGAAGAAGAUUACGGCCUGCGUAAGAUCACGCGAGAUAAAGUAGAAAUACAUUACAUCGAAGGCAAUCAUGUCACGAUGCUGGACAGUGACAAGGUCGUCGCUGCGAUCAACGGAGAACCGAUGCAAGAUCCUAAAGCAUUUAAGAAGCUCCUACUAGAAGAUAAGCCGCUCGAAUUUACAGACGAACGUUCGAGGACUUGAAUUAGAUAACUUGUAAAAUGUAACACGUAAAUUAAAUAACUUGUAAAGUGUAACACGCGCUUACAUUACGAACACACAUACGCGCGUACACACGUAUAUGUAUAUGUAUCCAGAAUAUCCCGAAAUUCAAAUAUAAUACUAAAUUAUAAUAAUAUAAUAAUAAAUUCAAAUAUAUACACUAAUGUUACGCUUAAGGUUGCUUUGUUUAUAAUUUAUAACAAAAUUACGUGAUCAAAAGGUAGACCACAUCACGUCAUAUUAACUUUAGUUAUUUAUUAAUUAUUGAAGGGAAAGUUUUCGGAAUAUUUUACCGAUGUCCUCAAUCGAUCAUGUCGCUUUAUAGACAUUGC